CAUCUAUGUCAGGACUCGGGACAUGAUUGGUGAAGUUGUAAUCUUCAUACAGUGUUUCUAAAGCACCCGAUUGGGAUAACUGGCGAUGUACAACAGAAUCAAAGAUAUUCGCUCAAGAUUUUGAAACAUCGAAAGUAAGGAGUUGGGUGACUUUGAGAUAGAUCAUCACCACCUGCCUCUGUUUUCUCUCCAAAAUCCGAUUCUUCAUUUCACUUCUCACCUGCAUUUUGCAUCAACGCACACUCUUUCUUUCUUCUUUCUCUCCGCAGGAUAAAUUACGAUGCCCUUCUGAUUUGAUCACGCUAAAGUUCCUAACUUUCACUCAUCUGUGACAUAAUGGCAACGAAAGGGAAUUCGGGAGACAAUAGAACGAGGAGUUCAGUGUCCAUCUUCAUUGUAGCUGGUUUAUGUGGUUUCUUUUAUAUCCUGGGGGCAUGGCAACACAGUGGGUUUGGGAAGGGUGACAGCAUAGCUGCAAAGAUUACCAGACAGACAGACUGCACCAUACUCUCAAAUCUGAAUUAUGAGACACAUCAUGAUGCUGAUGGCAGGACGGAUGAUGGUUCUGAAUCUGAAGUGAGGGAGAUUAAGCCAUGUGACGAUCAUUACAUUGACUAUACGCCAUGCCAAGAUCAAAUGAGGGCAAUGACAUUCCCGCGAGAAAAUAUGAACUACAGGGAACGACAUUGCCCUCCUGAAGAAGAGAAACUUCAUUGUCUUAUUCCUGCACCAAAGGGAUAUGUGACACCAUUUCCAUGGCCAACUAGUCGUGACUAUGUACCUUAUGCCAAUGCACCAUAUAAGAGCUUGACCAUUGAGAAAGCUAUUCAGAAUUGGAUUCAAUAUGAAGGCAAUGUGUUUAGAUUCCCUGGGGGAGGAACACAAUUUCCUCAUGGUGCAGAUGCGUAUAUCAAUGAACUUGCAUCUGUCAUCCCAAUGGAUAAUGGGUUGGUCAGAACUGCUUUAGACACUGGUUGUGGGGUUGCAAGUUUUGGAGCAUAUCUGUUCAAGAAAAAUGUUAUUGCCAUGUCAUUCGCUCCAAGAGACUCUCAUGAGGCCCAAGUUCAAUUCGCUUUGGAAAGAGGUGUCCCAGCAGUUAUUGGUGUUCUAGGAACUAUAAAGCUGCCAUAUCCUUCUAGAUCCUUUGACAUGGCUCAUUGUUCUCGUUGCUUAAUUCCAUGGGGUGCAAAUGAUGGAAUGUAUAUGAUGGAGGUUGAUCGAGUUCUUAGACCUGGUGGUUACUGGGUGCUUUCUGGUCCUCCCAUAAACUGGAGGAAUAACUAUCAGGCAUGGCAGCGUCCUAGAGAGGAACUUGAGGAGGAGCAGCGGAAAAUUGAAGAGACAGCCAAACUUCUUUGUUGGGAAAAGAAAUAUGAGAUGGGCGAAAUAGCCAUAUGGAAGAAAAGAAUAAAUUACGAUUAUUGUCGUGAACAAGGUUCUCAACGCACUAUGUGUGAAUCCAGUAAUGCAGAUGAUGUCUGGUACAAGCAAAUGGAGGCAUGUGUGACUCCUUAUCCGGAGACUUCUGGGGAAGAUGAAGCUGCUGGUGGGGAAUGGAGGCCAUUCUCAGAGAGACUAAAAGCUGUUCCUUCCAGGAUAUCAAGUGGCCUGAUCCCUGGAGUGUCUGCAGCGUCAUUCCGGGAGGACAACCUAUUAUGGAAAAAACAUUUGAACGCUUAUAAAAGGAUUAACAAAAUCAUGGACUCAGGGAGGUACCGCAACAUCAUGGACAUGAAUGCUGGUCUUGGAAGCUUUGCUGCUGCUCUUGAAUCUUCUAAAUUGUGGGUUAUGAAUGUUAUGCCUAUCAUUGCUGAGAGAGACACUCUUGGCGUCAUAUACGAGCGUGGAUUGAUUGGCAUAUAUCAUGAUUGGUGUGAAGCCUUCUCCACUUACCCAAGGACUUAUGACCUUAUUCAUGGAUAUGGUCUUUUCAGCUUGUAUAAGGAUAAGUGUAGCAUAGAAGAUAUUCUUCUGGAAGUGGAUCGUAUUUUGCGACCUGAAGGAUCAGUCAUAUUCCGUGAUCAAGUGGAUGUGCUGGCCAAGGUGAAAAGAAUUGCAGUAGGAAUGAGGUGGGAUACCAAAUUGGUGGAUCAUGAGGAUGGCCCUCUCAUCUCUGAGAAAAUAUUGGUUGCAGUCAAACGGUACUGGGUUGCAGGAGAAAACAAUGCCACGUCUUCUUAGUCGACACUAACAGGGGAAUGCAACAGUUGUGAUUUUGUUAGGAAAUGCUUACUUUCUCGACUCAGAUCUCACGGUCACAAUUUUGUCACACGUCAGUUUUUUAGCAGUUGAGAGGUUUGGCAAUAGCUUCUGCCGUAUUUAUUAUUGAUCAGCAGCAUCAACUCUUAUUUUUCUGUUAGAUAUAUAUACAGAACAUAUAUAGGUUGUCCUUGGCCGCAAAAAAAAAUCGCUUGUAUGGGUGGUCCUCGCGCCCACUUGUCCUUGUCUCUCUGUAAAAAGAUGAUGAAUUCUUCAUGUUAUAUGUUUAUUUGUCGAAA